AUGCUCAACAAAUCUUGCGAUUUCGAGCAACCUUCCGGUUUUUCAACGCUUCACAUUAUUUCAACAUCGAUCUCGGUGCCAAUUUAUAUAGUAGCAUUUUGGAUAUUAAUAUUCAAAAGUCCGGUUCAUUUUAGCAAAUAUCGAAAUUACCUGGUGGCUCAUGUAUUUUCCGGACUACUUCUGGAACUCCACAUGGGCACGAUAUGGAAGGUGACGAUAAUCCUACCAAUUCCCAUAAUGUGCUCAAAUAGUCCUCUUGCUGAGUAUGCUCCUAUUUUAUUUCAAUUACUUUUUGUCUGCUUCGUAUACACUGGAAUCUCGGCUCAACAACUUUUCCUUUACCGGAUGGAAGCAGUUGUGAUUUUUCAAAACGAGAAUUCCCGUCUAAAAAAGUUGGUGACCAUUACUAAAUUUGGAUUUUAUAUCGGUGCGCUUCUGAUAACACUGUUUGCAAUUUUAAUCUAUCCAGACUUGAAGUAUCAAAAAUCUUAUAAAAUGAAAAUGGAGCAGAGAUUUGGCACAUUUUCGGGGUACAUGUGGUGUGAUAAUUGUUUUUUCAUGAACUUUGAUUCCAAUAUUUUCAAGAUAUUUUAUUUAAUUUGUGGAAUCGGAACAGUUAUGUGUUUUUCAUCGUCUUUCUCCGCAUUUACUGCGACGAUUCGAUAUUUGAAUUCGGUGAAAAUCAAAUUAUCCGUAAAAACAGCAGCUCUACACAGAAACUUUUUGCAUAGUCUGAUACUAACAAUCACAGUGCAUAUAAUAUGUAUUCUAUGUCCUGUUUUGAUAUUUUUGGGUGCAAUUUCGGUUGUUGUCGAGUUAUCACAGUUCCCAUACAUUCCCUACAUUCUUUUGAUGAUCAUUCAAGAGCACGGAGCAGCAUCUACAGUAACCAUGUUCUUAACAAAUAAUCUACUACGACAGACAAUACGAAAAAUGCUCCCCGUCCGUCAACUCGAAGCCGUAUCUACUGUUUCAGCAUAUAGUCUAACAAAUGCACUCUGA